AUUAUUAUUAUUAUACUUAUAUCCUCCUUUUUCUUUCUAAAAGGAGACCCAACAUUUCCAUAGGGCACAUGCAAAAAUAUUAUUAUUAUUAUUAUUACUACUACUACUACUACUAAAGGGAUGCGCAAUGGCACGGAUCGCUUCCACUUGACACAGAACACUUUUGGGGCGGAAUUUUCCCAAAGGCCGAUAGGGCCGUCGAAUUGGAAGGGGACCCCAGAGGUCAUCCAGUUCAGACCCCGAUUCGGCCACCAUCAAAGCCCCCCCAAGAGAUGGCCAGGCAGCCCCUGCUUCUGCGAUUUAGAGCAUGACGCGGCGGCAUUCCACGGUUUCCCGGGAGACCGGAAUGCUCCGUUGACCGCCCUGUGGCUUCUCCGGACGCGAGAGCGGUCAGGCCCAGCCAUGUCUUCCCUGCAAGUAGGUCCCCAAAGGGUCGGGAGGGCGGAUUUGGGUUUGGAUCACGGAACAUACAUGUGUGGCGAACCCUCUGCCGUGUAUACACUCGCAAGACGGCCAAUUGUACACAGAGGUAUAUAUAGGCUUUACCCAUCUUUGGCAUUUCCUUUUAUGGGUGCCUUAAAAGACCUCCCUGCCUUUGAGCAGUAUCUAUUUACCUACUCACAUUUUGCUUUUGAACCCGCUAGCUAGGCAGAAGCUGGGCUGAAGGCCAGGAUUUCCAGAAUCCUCCAAUUCCGCCAUAUGUCAUCCCAUCACCCAUUUCCUUUUUACAGAUGCCUUAAAAUACCUCUUUGCCUUUAAAGCAGUACCUAUUUACCUACUUGCAUUUUGCUUUUGAACCCGCUAGCUAGGCAGAAGCUGGGCUGAAGGCCAGGCGCUUAUAUAUGUUCUUAUAGACACUUGCAUGAGGCAAUGUUCCAUUUGUGCAUUUGUUAUCAGAUGCACACAUGGCACACGGACCCGCCGCCACCCAACCGGGUCCCUGCUCGUUGUCCCCCUCCAGAGCGAGAGCCGGGAGCCCAUGCGGAGGAGCCACCGGCGGGCCCCGCUCAUGCACCGCAUCAUGUGGCGCAUCCACGAGCAGUGGCAGCUCCUGGGCUUCUUCGAGAUCAACCGCGACCACGAGUUCUACCCGCUGACCUGCAUGCUCAAGCAAGGCCUCCGGGCCUCCCUCCAGCACGCCAUGGACAACUGGUCAUACCUGGACAUCAACAGGGAGUCGGACUUUUCGCAAGUGCUGAAGCAGGCCCACGAGGGCUACGAGAUGCGGACGUACGCGGGGCCCGUCUUCGCCUACUUCCGGCACUUCCUCGGCACGAUGGACCUGGACUACCAGCAGUCCCUGUGCUCCGAGCACUCCUACCUGCAGUUCAUCAGCAACUCCAAGAGCUCCGCUAACUUCUUCCUCAGCCACGACAAGCACUUCUUCCUGAAGACCCAGAAGCGGCGGGAGAUCCGCUUCAUCCUGACCAACCUGCCCAAGUACCUUGCGCACAUGGAGAGAUACCCGCACUCCCUCCUGGUCAAGUUCCUGGGCAUCCACAGUAUCAUCAUCCCUCAGCAAAAGAAGAAGUACUUCAUCAUCAUGCAAAGCAUCUUCUACCCUCACGAGAGGAUCUUGGAGAGGUACGACAUCAAGGGCUGCCAGGUCAACCGCUGGACAGACGCGGCCCCCGAAGGCAGCGAGGUCAUCAUGGUCUUCAAGGACCUCAACUUCGGGGACAAGACCAUCUGGCUCGAUGAGCAGCGGUCCUGGUUUCUGCGCCAGGUGGAGCUGGACACCCAGUUCCUGAAGCGCCUGCACGUGAUAGACUACAGCAUCCUGGUGGGGAUCCAGCCGCUCCGCGAGGACGAGCGCAUCCUGAACAAGGCGCUGGUCAACAUCAUCGCCAGGACCACGAUGUCGAUCAACCAGAGUCUGCGCAACCCCUCCAUAAUGACCCUGGACGGUGAAGGGACGGGCUCCAUGACGUCCUUCAUCCACCGGACCAUCUCCAGCCUUGACCAGUUCUACAAGCUGUCCCCGGAGAGCAAGACCACCCUGCACACCCUGCUGGGGCUCUACCUGAAGCACCGGCCCAGCGUGGAGGUCGACCUGGACCAGUCGCUAAAGAGCGAGACGCUGACACGCGACAUCCUGACACCCUGCAUCCACUACGAUGCCAGCAGCGCCUCCGAUGCGGAGGCCAGCAGCUCCACCCAACCCUUCGGUGCCACGGCGCCCAGCCGCAUCACAUGGGGCAACAUCAGCCUCACCGACGCCCCUUUUGAGACGGACAGGAACCUGCGCCUGCUGCCCAACUCCCGCAACCCGCUCCACGUGGUGGACGGGCCCGAGGACCGCUACUUCCUGGGCAUCAUUGACUUCUUCACGGAGUAUGGCUGCCGCAAGAAGCUGGAGAACAUCUGGAAGAAGAUCCGUUACGGGAGACAAAGCUUCUCCACGGUGCCACCGCGUACCUACGCCCGGCGGCUGUGCAAGUGGGUGGAAGAGCACACCGAGUGAAGGCCGGUCAGUCGGCCGGAGGGGAAGAGGCCCUGGGCGGGUGGGCAAGCGGGCGGUGGAGGGAGCCAGCCUCCAUUGGCGCUGCCCCGUGCAACUUACAGGCCGGCAAUCGAUGCAGACAAUGAACUGAAAGACUGGCAAAGGGAAUGAACAAGGGGCGGACAGUUGCCGUGUCUGCGGUGGAAGCCCGCCGUUGCCCCCGACUCCGCCACAAGGUGGGAGACCCAUAGGACAGUCUAUGGGCAAAUGGGGGGCGGAUGAAGCCGAGCCAUCCUGGGCUUUGGACCCAGCGGCACUGUAUGUAUUCGGAGACUCGCAAAUAUCCCAGGGUCGUGAUCCUCAAUACAAAAACGUUGGGUGUGUUUUGUACAGUGGAAUCCAAGAUCACGGAUCAGGAGGCAUCCGAGAGCCCUCAUGCCACGCAGUUCCAAUGCACGGGCGGGGAAUUGGGGGUGGAGAGAGGGAUGUAUGUUCUUCACCGAAGGAAUUAAAAUGGCUUGCUAUUAUUGUUUUUAAAAAAUACGGUUUGUUUGCACACGGUAUGUUUUCGAUUCUGAGAAACCCCCCAAAAGGCCUCCAUCGGUCCCAUGACAUCAUUCCUCGCACACCUGCUUUUUCUCUCCUCUGAGAAAACCCAGUCUGUCUUGGCUUUACGUUCUGCCUCCUGAUCUCAAGGCGACUGGAUCUGGAGAAACGGUGGUCUCCCAAUUCUCCUCCAAAGGCCGAUUCCCAUGGGAACUGAGACCACCCUGUUACCUGGGAACAGCCUGGAGAGUCCAAAACAUUUCCCUCCCUGCUGUCUUUCACAGACUCCUUGGAAAUUACAGGUUGCAACCCAUCAUCUAUCCCUGUCCA